UAUGAAAAGAAAUACUACAAUCUAAAAUCAACGGAGGGGCACCAUCAAGAGACGUUUCCAUCCAAAAUAAUAGUGUUGUCAACUUUUCAUGCUCGUCCUCACAAAGUUUUCCUCGCACCCAGAAGGCCCUUCAGAUGUUACAUUACAGUAUUAACUACUAACCAAAAACACCCGUCGGCCAGGGCGCGAGAGCGAGAUUGGCGCUCUCGUUGACCAUUGACCGAUGUCGUCAUCCUUUGACUCCCUCCUCCAACGCACUACAAAAACCCACCACCGCUGUCGAGAGACGAAAGAAGGGACGAAAUGGGGGGAAGAGAGAGUAGUAGGAGGAGGAGGGUACGGCCACUGGAGGUGAGGUUACCGACCUACUUCCGGUGCCCGAUCUCGCUCGAGGUGAUGAAGUCUCCGGUCAGCCUUUGCACCGGCGUCACCUACGACCGCGCCUCCAUCCAGCGCUGGCUCGACUCUGGUAACCGCACCUGCCCUGCCACCCGCCAGCCACUCCCUUCCACCGACCUCGUUCCCAACCUCACCCUCCGCCGCCUCAUCCACCUCUGGUCCUCCACCUCCUCCUCCUCCGCCGUCGCCGACGACAUCUCCUCCUCCCCCGAUCCCCUCCCUUCUCUCCGCGACCUCGCCGCCUUCUUCUCCGACCCCGCCGUCGACGACACCGAGAAGAACCGCCUCCUCGCCGCCGGCGGCCUCGCGCCCGCCCUCGCCGCCCAGAUCGUCAAGGAGGACGCCGGAAUGGAGACGGUGGAGGCGGCGAUCAGGGUCCUCGCGUUGGUCCUCUCCAUGGAUGGCACCCACGAGGGCAACGGAAGGGUCGCGAUUUCCGCCCUUUUGGCCGAUCUGGAUGGAUCCGUCUCCGCCCUCAUCGCCGUGCUCCAGAAAGGCAGCAGCUUGGAAUCCCGGAUCGAUUCCGCUCGGGUUCUCGAUUCGAUCCUCUCGUCGCCCUCCGAUUGCGUCGCCGAGGGGACCAAGAUCUCGAUCGCGGAGAAGCCGGAGCUGAUCCCGGAGCUGGUCCGGCUGAUCGGCGGCGAGACUAAGGUGGAUCCGGCGGCGGCCGACGCGGGGCUGCGGUGCCUGACCGGUAUCCUGGCGGCGGCGGGUCGGCGGGUACGGGUGCCGAUGGUGAGGGCAGGGUUGGUGGCGGCGGCCGCGCGGGCGCUGGCGGAGGAGGAUGUGGCGGCGGGGGCGGCGGAGCGGGCGCUGCGGGUGAUGGAGGAGGUGGCGGCGUGCGCGGAGGGGCGGGCGGCGAUCUGCGAGGCAGCGGAGGAGUGCGUGGGGGCGGUGAUGGGGCGGGUGAUGAGGGUGGGGAGGGAGGGGAGGGAGGCGGCGGUGGUGGUGCUGUGGGCGGUGUGCUGCGGCGGCGGCGGCGACCAGAGGGCGAGGGAGGCGGUGGCGGGUGCGAGCGGGGGACUGGCGAAGAUCCUGGUGUUGAAGCAGGGUGACUGCUCCCCGGCGGCGGGGAGGAUGGCCGGCGAUCUGCUGAGGAUCUUCCGGGCUGAUGCCAAGAGCUGCCUCGCCGGAUACGACAGCAAGACCAUCCACAUCACGCCCUUCUAAUCCCCCAAGUGGAGGAGUUAAAAGAGUAUUAAUAUAGUGGAUUAUUUACAGAUAAAUUUGAUUCGAGUUCAGCAAUCAAGAGGAAACAAACAGAGUGGAGUCAAAAAAAUACUAAUAGACGAUUUGUAAAUGGAUAGAAAUUUUGACUUGAUAUGGAAAAAAAAUGUAUACACCACAAAGAAACUUGUUUAAUUUUUUUUAGUUGUUGUGCACCAUCAGCGUUGAAAUAUUAUGUGUUCUUGACAAAAUACUUCUAUUAACAUUGCCCAUAAAAAACCAAAGACUUGAUUA